GGGGACGUGGCGCCGCCGAGGGCGCAGGCCUUUUUCCGGCAGAGCUAGAGACUGCGGGGUUUUGCGGUGGACCGAGCCCAGAGGUGGCGGAGGGGCCAGAGGGCCGCUCAACCGGUGAGUGCUCAGGAAAUGCCUGGGACAAGGAGACCACCUUCUCAGGGCAAAAGGAAAAGGAGGUGACAGGCGGGACCGCUGAAGGGACCCCAUGGCUAGGAUCAGUUUUUCCUACCUCUGCCCAGCCUCCUGGUACUUUACUGUGCCCACAGUGAGCCCAUUUCCCCGUCAGCGGGCGGCAUUCCUAGGACUCUUCUGCAUAUCCUGUCUCCUUUUACUUAUGUUAAUCAUGGACUUUCGACAUUGGGGUGCUUCAUUACCACGAGAUAGGCAAUAUGAAAGGUAUCUGGCUCGAGUAGGGGAUCUUGAAGCUACCAACACCGAAGACCCAAAUCUGAAUUACGGACUUGUUGUGGACUGUGGCAGCAGUGGCUCCCGGAUUUUUGUUUAUUUUUGGCCGAGACAUAAUGGGAACCCCCACGACUUGCUAGACAUCAAACAGAUGAGAGACCGAAAUAGCCAACCAGUGGUUAAAAAAAUCAAGCCAGGAAUCUCUGCAAUGGCAGAUACUCCUGAACAUGCCAGCGAUUACCUUCGCCCUCUGCUGAGCUUUGCUGCUGCUCAUGUGCCUGUGAAGAAGCACAAGGAGACCCCCCUUUACAUUCUUUGCACAGCGGGCAUGAGGCUCCUUCCUGAGAGGAAGCAGUUGGCUAUCUUGUCUGAUCUAGUGAAAGAUUUACCACUGGAGUUUGACUUCCUCUUUUCACAGUCUCAGGCCGAAGUGAUCUCUGGGAAGCAGGAAGGGGUUUAUGCGUGGAUUGGAAUCAACUUUGUUUUGGGAAGAUUUGACCAUGAGGAUGAAUCAGAUGCUGGAGCUCCCCAGGAACUGGCAACAGGGCGCAGAAGAACAGUGGGGAUACUGGACAUGGGAGGAGCCUCUCUUCAGAUUGCUUAUGAAGUUCCUACCUCAACCUCUGCCCUUCCUCCAAAAGAGGAAGAAGCUGCAAAGAUCCUGCUGGCUGAGUUCAACCUGGGUUGUGAUGUGCAGCACACCGAACACGUGUAUAGGGUUUACGUCACCACCUUCCUGGGUUUUGGGGGCAACUUUGCCCGACAGCGCUAUGAAGACCUUGUGCUGAAUGAAACUCUUAACAAAAACAGGUUGCUGGGCGAGAAGACAGGUCUGAGUACUGACAAUCCGUUUCUGGAUCCUUGCCUGCCUGUGGGACUCACCGAUGUGGUGGAGAGGAACAACCAGGUCCUGCAUGUCCGCGGAAAGGGAGACUGGGAGACUUGUGGGGCAAGGCUGAGCCCCCUGCUUGCCCGCCCCAACACCAGCCAGGCCUCGCUGAAUGGCAUCUACCAAUCUCCAAUCGACUUCAACAACAGCGAGUUCUAUGGUUUCUCCGAGUUUUUUUACUGUACAGAGGAUGUGUUGCGCAUCGGUGGCCGCUACCAUGGGCCAACAUUUGCCAAGGCUGCGCAGGAUUACUGUGGCAUGACUUGGUCAGUACUGACGCAGAGAUUCAAGAAUGGCCUUUAUUCACCACAUGCAGAUGAGCAUCGACUCAAAUACCAGUGUUUUAAAUCGGCUUGGAUGUACCAAGUUCUUCAUGAAGGAUUCCACUUCCCUUAUGACUACCCACACCUACAGACAGCCCAGCUGGUGUAUGACCGAGAGGUUCAGUGGACACUGGGAGCCAUUCUGUAUAAGACACGAUUCCUACCACUCAGGGAUCUACGGCAGGAAGGCGUCCGGCAGGCCCAUAGUAGCUGGUUCCGUCUCUCUUUUGUCUACAACCACUAUCUCUUCUUUGCCUGUAUCCUGGUGGUGCUAUUGGCCAUCAUCCUGUACCUUCUGCGGCUGCGCCGAAUUCACCAUCGACAAACUCGAGCCUCAGCUCCAUUGAACUUUCUGUGGAUUGAAGAGGUGGUGCCCAUGAUGGGGGUACAGGUGGAGCCAUGAGUUGGGCAAGGGCUACGGAAGCUUGACUACCCCAAAGCUGCUGCUCAUCGGAUUCCACCACUUUCUUGUACUGGCUUCAGAUGCUGCUUUGCCUGACCUUGUGGAUUUUUGGCCUUGGAAUUUCUAUUUUAAUAUCUUCUUUAAUUCCUUCUCAAUCUCCAGGUCCUCUUAUCUACGAAAAGCUGUAACUUAGUCUGUGAAGAACUAAUGAGAGAUUGGUGCUAACAAAGAUGACCAACCUUAGUCCAAUCGAUCUGCUCCUUUAUCUGGAAGAUCUGGUGUGUUCCUGGGAUUUAGACUUUCCUCCCGUUGCUCAAGCAUGAAGUUUGGCAUUGGGCACACUAGAAGCCAGGCUGAAACCAAACUUGGAGCAUCUGAUACAAAGUCGAAGACAUUCUAGCAAGUGCAGCAUCCCCUUCUUUCUCUGUAACAGAGAUAUCGUUUAUGUGGAGAUCCACAACCUUUACAAGAGAUCCAAGAUAAUUUGCAAUUCAGUGGAACAGAUAUGAAUUUCCAAGCAACCAAAAUAACACAACUUUCUUGCUUCCUUGACAAAGCCAUUUUGAACAUGGUCCAAGGUUUUUGACUUACUGUUGCUCAUGUUAGUAUGUGAUUUUAAAGGGUUAGAACCCCUUCUAAAUGGAUGGUCCAUUGAAGAUUUGACUCACUCUUAUCUGAUGUCUUGUAUGAUCAGGAUAGAAAAUUUUUCCGUGUCUAUGUGCCUCAGAGCCUGGGCAUUAAUUUUUCUUUUUGAGCCUUGUAGGGCGGAGAGACUGAUGGGGACCGGAGCCCUGGGUCUGGCUCCAGGUCAUUGUCCUCUAGGCCUGUUUUUAUUUUUUAUUGAAUUUAUUGGGGUGAUAUUGGUUAAUAAAAUUAUAUAGGUUUCAGGUGCACAUCAUCUGUAUAUUGUAUUGUGUGUUCACCAGCCCUAGUCUCUAGGCCUGUUUCUAUGAGUCCAUAUACAGGAAGAUUCAGGAGUUUCUUUAUUUCACUGCUAAGAUCAAUAUAUACUUUGGGAAGGGAUAUAUUUGGGAUGUCUUUCAAGGAAGGAACAAUUCUAGGAUAGUAGGCAAAAUGAAAUCCAAACUCUUAUUUAUUAAGUCUUUCUGAGAAAUAGAAAAAUUUUCAAUUUGACUCUUAGAAUGUCUUAAAAGAAGCAAAUUCUAAACUUUGCAAUAAAUAGAUAAAUUUGUUAAUAAGCCAGUUGGAAACUUUCAGAACCUUUGUUAAGAGAUUGCUUAGUCCCAAACAGCAUUUCCAUUAACAAGGAGAGGAAAAGCCAUAAUAAUUACAUUUCCAUCCACGACACUCCAGGAGCUUUGCUCCUCCUUCUCACUUAGCCUUUAAACUGCAUGAGCAUUUCUGAUUCAUCGACUUCCACCUUCCCUCACGGAAUCUUCUUUAUACUCUACCCCUUCCUGUGUGUAGCUUGGAGCGUCCUGCCCAGGAACAUGCUCCCAGAGUUGGAAGAGGUUGCUUUUCUUUUUUUGUCUUCUGUGAUUUCUAAAAUUAGAUAAAUAGGGUUAUGGGCCCUGACUUUAAAGGGGAAAAAAAAGUAAAAUUCUUAAAAUGUAAAUUUCAUAUUGGGAGCAAAAGGAGUAAAAGAAAUCAAGAUCCUCUUAGAAAUAAACACAGGAAAUUGAGUAUGCGGACUCUCGGUUGGUAGGUGAAAAUGAACAAAUCUUGAAUUGUUUCCAAAUUAGUUAAUGAUGGGUCUAACAAAAUGUCUUAUAGUGCCCUUUUGAAAUUUUUUUAAAACUCAUCACAGCAAUUUCCACAAAAUUUUAAGACUUCUAAAUUGCCUUGAUUUUGACUUCUUAUCUUUGUCACUGUGAGUGAGCCUCACCUUAUGAAUGCUGCUGCUUAUGAAGGAUAUCAAAAUGGUUUUUUUUGCCAGCCAUUGCCUACUUGGGUGACUCUUUCCCCCUCACCUUGAUUUCCAAGUACUGUUUGUGUUUUUACUGUAGAUCUAGUCAGUGGUCUAGUCAAAAGCUUCGAGGUUGGCUAACCGUUACACCUUUCAUGUCUCAAAGUGAAGUUGGAGCAGACAGCAGGUGGUGAUCAGUCCAACUUGACAGCUCCUAUGAAGUCAUUCUUCGUCCUGGUCGUAACAGCACAGCCACCGUUCGUUAAACACUUGUUGUGUGCCAGACACUCUGCUAAGAACCUUAUGUGUCAAUCAUUAUGAUCACCUUUCAGAUUGAUAUUACUGUGUUCUCUUCAUACUUGAGAGACUCAGGAUACCUCUAAUCAUCACUUUUUCACUGCAAAUGUUUUUCAUAUUCUUAAUUUGAUUAGUCUGAUUUUUUGUUUAGUGUGCUAUAUCCUGAAUAGUAUUUUACUAUUAUAGGAUGUAGGCUUGUCUUUAUUACCACGAGUAAAAUUUCUCAGAGUUCCAUGGUUUAAAAAUAUGGAAAAUUUUUAUCACACCCCUCAGACAAACUGAAUAGAUGCUCUUAGUAUUGGUUCCAGUGCUUCUCCAUUACUCCCAAUUAAUGAUCUUAAAUGAAAUCUCAUUAGCUAGAAACAGAAGCAAUUUAUUCCUUGCUGAGGGUGAGGGACAACUACUUAUAUACAGUUGUCAGCUUCAGGACUCAUCAAAUCCCAUACUUGUUGCUUUUUGACCAAAAAAAAAAAAGUUUCCUCAUUCCUCGCUUACUCGGCACUCGUCAGUUUCAGCACUCAUCAGGAGUUCUGGAAUGAAUUCACGAUGAGUACUGAGGCGCCACUGUAUACGGUUUUCUGUUAAUGAAAUAUUCUUGCUUAUAGAGUCAAUUUUUCUUGCUUUUAACUCUUUUAGCCCUCAUUUUCUAAAGAUUUUUAAAUAUUUCUAUUUGCAUUUCUGCAUUUUGAGUGGUUCUCCUAUGAAUAUAAUCCUCGUUUUUGUAAAAUUCACAUUCCACCAGUUCCUUUGAAUCCUACGAACCAGACUUUUUGAUGAUAGUGACAAUGAACCUGAACUGGUUUAGUACUUUCAUUAUUACUGAAACAGGUCACAGAUGUCAGAACCAGAGUCAGUGGCUUUAAGGGUAGUGUUUCAUGAGUCUCACGAUGGCACAGCCCCUCACUUUUCUCUAAAUUCCUGUCACUAGGACGUAAGGAAAAUAUGUGUAAUAUUUAUAUGGCAUUACAUUCACUUAAGUUGCAACUAAUUCUAAGCAAAAUUAUACCAUUUCCGUUACUUAGCUCCUUGAAUUGAUUUUCUUUGGUCAAGGAAAUUUUAAUCACUUUCCACUAGCCUUGUAUUUAUUCUUCUACUGUCAUCUGAAGUAUUUUGACUUUCCCCUCCACAACCUAAGAGCUUCCUUUAACUCCAAAGGCAGUGCUUAUUAAAAGGUGGUUGGAAUCUGCCACCCAUUGCUAAGCUAGUUUUUUAGGCAUUAACAUUUUCACAUCCAUAUUUACGUUUUUGAAAUAAAAUAACUUACACUUCUGACUGGUAUUACCUAAAUAGAUGCCCCUCCAUCCCUGUUCUCACAGUUGUGUGUUUUGUUUUUUGUCAGGAGUGAGACGGGUGGGUGGUACGAUUUAGGGGAAGGAACAUCAGACUUCAUGCACAGCAGACUUGGGUUCUAGUCCUGGUUUUGCCAUUAACUAGCUCUGGUUCUCCAGGCAAGUCACUUGCCCACUCUGGUUCAUUUUUCAUCUAUAAAACAGGGUGGCUAGACAAGACGAUCUGAAGUUCUUUUUUUCCCCAACAUUUUGAAAAUUGUUAUUCUAUUACAGUUAUCCCAAUUUUCCCCCUUUGCCCUCCUCUGCCCAUCUUAGCCCCCACUGUCAGUCAAUUCCUACACUGUUGUCCAUGUCCAUGGGUCAUUCAUACAUGGUAUUUGACUAGUCCUUUUCCCUUCUUUACACAUUAUCCCCUCCCACCUCCCCUCUGGUCGUUGUCAGUCUAUUCC